UCUUUACUCACAGAAGUCCUCUCCCCCAAAAAAUUAAGCUCCCCCCCUUUCCGCUCCCCUUCGUCACUUCUCUCCAUUUUCACUGAAAAAAAAAAAAAAACACAGAACAGAAGUGAGUGGAAGGAAACAUUUUCUUUUACGACAGUGUUUUUUUAUUUUCGACGAGAAUUAGAAAAGCCAUCGUCGUUAGUUUUUAAAAGUAACAAUGGUCGACGUGGACCGGAGAAUGGCCGGUCUAAACCCGGCCCACAUAGCAGGCCUACGCCGUCUCUCUGCUCGCGCUUCCGCUCCUUCAACUCCGGCUUCCCUUCCAGUUCGCAACGGUCUUCAGUCUUUCUCUUCUUUAGCAGAUAAAGUUAUAACCCAUUUAAGAAAUUCGGGUUUCCAAGUCCAACCUGGUUUAUGCGACGCCGAGUUCGCCCGAGCGGAAGCCGAGUUUGGCUUCGUUUUCCCACCCGACCUUCGAGCCAUAUUAUUAGCCGGGUUACCCGUAGGUCCGGGUUUUCCCGAUUGGCGAUCUGCUGGAGCCCGACUCCAUCUACGGGCUUCGCUUGAUCUUCCUAUCGCUGCAAUAUCCUUUCAGAUCGCGCGUAACACUUUAUGGUCCAAAUCGUGGGGUCCCAGACCCUCCGACCCGGAAAAAGCAUUACGGGUAGCCAGAAAUGCGCUUAAAAGAGCUCCCCUUUUGAUCCCCAUUUUCAAUCACUGCUAUAUUCCCUGUAACCCGUCUUUAGCGGGUAACCCCAUUUUCUUCAUCGACGAGACCCGGGUUUUCUGUUGCGGGUUUGAUAUAUCCGAUUUUUUUGAGAUGGAAUCUUUGUUCCGGUGCUCCGAAUCCGAUCCCGAAUUGUUGAAAAAGCAGAGAUCGGUUAGUGAGAAAUCAGCCGGGUCGUCCACUAAUUUCUCGAGGCGGAGUCUGGACGCGGGUUUGGUAACCGGGUCGAGAACCCCUAGAUGGGUCGAGUUCUGGAGCGACGCGGCUGUUGAUCGGCGCCGGAGAAACUCGUCGUCAUCAUCUUCGAAUUCGUCCCCAGAGAGGUAUUUCGAUAUGCCGAGAACCCAAAUCCCGAAAUGGGUCGACCAAUACAUCGAGCAAAUCGGGUCGGUUCUUAGAGAAGGCGGGUGGGGCGAGUCAGAUAUAUCGGAGAUCGUACACGUGUCAGCAUCUGGGUUCUUUGAAGGAGAGAUGGUUUUGUUGGAUAAUCAGGCGGUCCUCGAUGCGCUUCUUUUAAAAGCGGAUCGGUUCUCAGAUUUGCUCCGAAAAGCCGGGUGGAGCUCCGAAGAAGUUUCGGAUGCGCUAGGGUUUGAUUUUCGACCGGAGAAGGAAAAGAAACCUGCCAAGAAAUUGUCCGCUGAGCUCGUAGAAAAAAUUGGGAAACUUGCUGAAUCGGUUAGCCGGUCAUGACACAGCUUCAAGAUUUUUUUUCUUGUUUUUCUUUUAAACUUUAUUUUUAAUUUUCCUUUUUUUUUUAUGUGUUCAGGGGUCUCGGGGUUUGGAUUUUCCAUCUUUUGGGUUAAAAAAAAAAAGAAAAUAGUAAAAUAUAUGGGGUAACGCGUUGUACUAUGAAACGAAGCGCAAAAAAAAAAAGAGCUGAAAAAAAGAAGUUAAAAUCACAUUGUUGUUCAUAAUAUAUAAAUAAUUAAUGAGAAACAUAGUUUUUUUUUCGUUA